AUGGCCGAAUCAGAAGAUGAGAGCAUGUCCACCCAAGAAAUAAUAGCGUUGCUAAAAACGCCGGACUUUAUAUUGGACGGAGCUGUGGAGAGAGUUCUCGAGCCGUAUCUCGCCAGUAAGGAGAGCGACGUGGAUAUGGUCGUCGACUGCUUGUCUACCAAUUACAGAGGAAGCGCAAAUAUGUGCAAGUUGAUGACCGACUGGCUCGAGCAGUUGGGCUUUGACAAGGCCGAGCCCCAAGCAUCGACCAGCGAGGCGAAAGCUGAUGAGCAUGAAGCCGAUUUGAAAAAGGGCGAUAAGAAGGGCAAAGCGAAAGGCCGCGCGCGGCAAAAGCGAGAAAAGAAGGACGAUCCUGCCGAUGCGCCAACCACAUCAGACCCUGCUCUAUCAGCGGUUACUGCUUGCGCCGAGAACACGAUGGCCACGUUUUUAAAGCGCCAUUUCAAGUCUGAAUGCGCCGAUCGAAUUUUCGAUGAGUCGGGUGGUGGUAUUGAAUGGUUGUCGGAGCUGAUCUCGCACAAGCGCUGGCGGCAAAUCAUCUACGAAUUGGUGGAUCAAAAUCCGCAUUGUCUGAUGCUGAAGUUUGCCGUCAAGCUAAUUUCCGAUGCUGGUCAUCAACGUGAAAUUGUCGGUGUGCAAUCGGCAUCUGAUCAGUUGGAGAUCUAUAGCCGCGUGUUAGUGACGGCUAUUGAUGCCGUGCUGACCGAGCAUCGCCGUGGGGAGCAUACGGAAAAGUACGAAGCUGUGUUUGCAGAAUUGCAAAAAAUUGUGUCUCAAGGCGAGCACACCUACUUGUACGCUUCCGCAUUAUUGGAGGCGCUAUCUAGAACGUCUACGGGUAUGUCCGCAGCGGCGUGUCAUCAUGUGAUGCAGUCAUUACGCACGGCUGUUAAAGGCCGCGAGCACGAGACGACAGCUAUUCGAUGCGCGCUGCUGCACACUCAAGAAGAACAGGUUGAAGCCACCGUCAUCCAAGCCCUCUUGACGAUGACCAGCAAGGGCGAGCUGAACCCGGCGGAUAUGACGCAGGUCUACCAGCAAUACAUUUUGCCCCAUCCGCCGCCCGUCGAGGCGAUCCGUGAUCCGCUCUUCAUCCACAUGCUCGUCGACUCGAUUUUCCACUGUGACGGCCCAAGGGUAAACGUCGAGCAUCGUGAGAAGUACAUUUAUUUGCUGGCUUACGCGUCUUCCGUCUCAGAGACUUUCCGGAAUGGGCGGCGCGCGCAGAUGAGAGUUGAUCUCGACAUUGCCCGUGUGGCCAUCGAGCGGACGGCGGCGGCCGUUGAAGCCGCCGAUGAUGUGGCCGUGGAGUUGCCAAACUUAUUGAGGGAGGCUCGAUUUCCGGUGGUGGCCACCGGGUUGCUGCACUAUGCGGAGACACUGCUGUUGGCUGACAAUCGAAUGGGCGAUCCCCCGCUCUGGGUAUUUGUGCUUGUGGAUCAGGUGGCAGCCCAGCAUCCGAAUCUCCACUCAACGGCUUUUGCGUUAUGUUUGAAGCUGUACGAAAAAGUCUCGCUCCAGCCGGAUGCUUCGGAGGUGAUUAUGGAACGGCAACGGAUACUUGUCGACCGUUUUGUUCACCUGCUCAGCAUUGGGUUCACGAUUCCCGUUCUACAAAAGGUGAACCAGAUGUUCCGGAACAGCGACAUCGACGCCAGCCUGGUACGCUAUUUCACGCUUGAGGUGCUCGAGAUCAUCAGUCCGCCGUACACCAAAGAAUUUUGCAAGCUCUUCUUGCCGUUGAUCGCCGACGAGGAGAUUUUCGACAAGGCGCUGCGUGAAAAGACACCGAUUGCCGGGGAAUUCCUCGCAUAUUGCCAGAGUAAUUAUCAGAUGACCUCAUGCUCC